AUGUACCACUACAACCCUUUAGCUCGAAUGAAGCUGUCGUGCACGAGAUGCAGGACCAGGAAGCUGCGAUGCGACAAAGGAGAUCCCGAAUGUAAGAGAUGCGUAGAUAGCGGCCUCUUAUGCUCAUAUCUGCAGAGGAGAAAGGCUCGAACUACUCAAAGCUCCGAGCUCCACCACCUGGGCCAUCGUCUCGAGGCACUCGAGGAGCCAUGGAUCUAUCGCAUGGUCAGCGGAGCCAAGGAAAAUAUCGAACACCUCACCAGCAACGCGUCAUCAUCCUGGACGCGGUCAACUGUAGACAACGCGAUCACCCGGCUGGACACGGCUCUGGUUAACCUGCCCGCCCCAAGCCCUAGACCCGAUCACAAUGUCACCGACGAACGGAGAAACCACUUGCCAGUCAGCGAUAUUAAGCGCUUCAUAGACAUAUUCCUGGAAGUCAUUCUCCCCAACCUCAGCAUAUUCGACUCCUUUGCAACCCUCGUGGACUCCGAGCUCCUGCGAUCAAUGCCCCAUGUCAUCGGGUCACCGUAUGCCAUAAUCGAGCCAGUCAUGCAGGUUCUCUAUUUCAACGCGAUAUAUUUCGGACAAACUGCUGGCACAGGUGCAGAACAGAGGGCAGCGGCGAAAACCUACUAUCGCGGCUUGCAAGUCGUUCCGAAGUGGUUGGCAUCGGCCCAAAGCUCGCAUCUAGACCUCAUCGCUGCGUCCUUAACGGCAUGGAUGGGAAUCAACAACUUUGACUACCAUUUGUCAUGGCAGUUCCACCGCGAGGCCUGUCGCUUCGGAGACCGACUAGGCAUCCACGAAGUAGAUUCACACCCGCUGGGCACUGCACAAGAGGAAAUCGAAAAGGAUGUGAAGCGGCGAAUGCACUGGUAUCUGGUGGAAAUGGACCUUCUCUUCAGAACCUGGUACGACAAGCCCACGGCUCUGCGGUGUCCGGUUGGCCAGGUCCGACUGCCAGCGGAGAUAUCACCGCAAACCAAGCAGCUCAAGCCCCAUAACUGCAUUCUGUUCUUGGUCCGGGCCCGAACCCUCUUCAUCAUGGCCAACUUCUUCGUUCACUUCGAGGCCAGUAGGGCCAGUGACCAUCUCAGUACCACGGCGAAUACGUGCUGCAUGGAGCUAGAAGAACUGGUCAAUGACUGGGACCUCUUAUCACUCGCCAGAUCGCUCAACCUGGGCUGGGUAAAGUCCUGGCUCGUUCUCGAGACGGUCAUUGCGUUGCAUCUUUUCAUCAUCUUCGUCAGGCGGAAAGUGUCAAGUGCCGAGCAGAUUGUGCACCCACAAGCAGUCCGUUCCGCCAGACUCAUCAUCGGCAUUAUCCUCGAGAAGUCAGAAUCUCCAAUCUCGCCCUGGGGGGAACAGGACGACUUUCAGACACAUGAGUACGAAAGUGACCUCUGCACGCUCGAGAGGGUGGUGAACAUGAUGGUCGCAGCAGCUGCCAUCCGCCCCGACUUCGCCCCAAUUGCCGACGCCGUGAGUGCCCUUAACGAUGUCUGUCGGGCAUUUCACUCGGGUCAGAAGAAUCCUGCUUCUACCAUCAGUUCCUCAGACAUGCUGCCAGACAACCCGCUGUUUCUGCUACCCAACGAAAAGGAAGCCGGUUCGUCGACCGUUGCAGAUCUACCGCCGCUUGGGACUCUCCAGAAUCUCGCCUCCAUCAUGCCGCUUCAGACAGAUGAGGAACUGGAUUACGCGUUUGGGAUUCCCUUCCAGCUUCAACAUCAGGUUGUACCCAGCACACAGUCUGGACUGGCCACGGAGAAGGAGACAGCGCGGACCAUAGCACAGCCCUUGGACUUUGUGCGAGCAGUCGAGAACGAGUUGACCUGGCGCAACUGGCACGAAAGCUGGUGGAAUUCACAAGCACCUGGAUCAAGCUGA